AUGGUCCUGGUCCCUGAAGCGAAGGACCAAAGCAAGGCAGCGAAGGGCAGGAGAAAGGGCCUGGCACGGCCCCCCACAGCCCCUCCUGCCCUCUCCUGGGCCCCAGACGACCCCUAUACCCCCAUGGCAGACUACGAGCGCAGCAUCCAGGACAUGGUGCGCCAGCUGAGGAACAGCUCUGAGCCGGGUGACACCAAGUGCCAGGUCAACUUGAGGCUCUGGAGGUCCAACCAGAGGAGCCUGUCCCCUUGGGCCUACAGCAUAAACCACGACGCCACACGGAUCCCGGCAGACAUCCCCGAGGCUCGCUGCCUCUGCACCGGCUGCAUCAACCCCUUCACGCUGCAGGAGGACCGCACCAUGGCCAGCAUCCCCAUCUACAGCCGCCUGCCCGUCCGCCGCCUGCUCUGCCAGCUGCCAGGAGAGCUGGGCCACAAGGCCUCUGGGAAGAAGUGUCACAAGAAGUACCAGAUGGUCAUGGAGACCAUCGCUGUGGGCUGCACCUGCAUCUUCUGACGUUGCAAAGCUAACCCGUGGGCACCUAACCAGCUUGCUCUCGCUUCCCGAGCUUGCCCGGCCCUCUGGGAGAAGGUGACCCGGCUGAGCAUCAGGGUGAGGAGAGCUCUCACAGCUCCCUAAAAUUCCCACAAGCCUCAGCCCAAGCAGUCACUUUUGGGACACCCAGUGUGGGG